AUGUCGCCGCUUCUGGAAGACAGCCAGACCUCUGAGAUCUCAACCGCUCCAGCCGCUCAAUCUAAUCACACCUCCUCAUCCGGGAGUGCUUCACUGCCAACCGCUACUGUGUCUCCGGGCUCAGCAGGAUCCAUGAACACCCCUACAUUCCCGAUCCUUACCCUAUCUACCGAAAUACUCGUCAAGAUCUCCGAGGAAUGUGAGGACUCUGAUCUUCCGAACAUGCGCUUAGUCUGCAGAGAGUUUUGCAACAGCUCGACAAAGGCAUUCGGCCAAGUCUACUUCGCGGAUCUCCAUGUCUUACUGGUUGAACCCAGUUUGGAUAUUUUGGUUGAGAUCACUGCCCAUCCAAUCUACGGCCGCUGUGUCAAGACAAUUGUGUGUGGAACAGCUCGUACAAUCAAGCCAGUGAUGGAGUAUGAAGAAGAAGAAGGAGAGCCAAUUCCCACACUGUCACCCGAAUUCGAGAGAUCUGAAGGACACAUUGCUAAGCUUGUCACCGCGUUGAACAACCUCAAACACCAUGGAAACCUGGAGGUCGCUCUCGGCAUCCACAGCGACGAGGCAUGGACAAAAGGAAAUGGGUUCAGACUGCUCGGCGGUCCGAUUACCUAUGAUGGCUACGUAGUCAAGGACUUUGACGCUUCCGGCACCCUCGGAUCACUUUUGGAAGCUACAUCUGCUACCAAUUUUCCGAUAAACAAGAAGUGCUUUCGCUUCCUCGAGGAAUUGGAGCUGGAUCGAAUGAUAAAGAACGACACAAUGUUUUCCUCUAUGUUUUCCGCUGCUGGCACCUUCAACACCAAUACAAGCAUCAGAAUGGACUUUGUACAGGGGGGAACGUCUGGACCGAGUUCCAUAAUGAUCGGUAUCAGCGACUCCAACCAGCUCGACCUGACCAACGUCCUCUUGGCGGGCGAAAUCUCGGCCGUACUGGGCAGUCCAUACUACACCAGCUCCUACAUCCGUAUCUUGAAAUUGGCGUUGGACCUCACCAAGUUCGAGCACUUGAUCCUUACAGACAUGACCAUGGACACGAGUGUUUUCCAGACAGUGUUCGCAAAGUCAGAAGGAUCCAUCAAACAUCUCAAACUCUCCAACGUCAUCACCAGCGAGUCUGACCCUGGCCAGGGUGAACCUACUGAGGUCUUGUGCUAUCUCAAGGACCAACUUCAGCUCGAGAGCCUCACGCUCAAUAAGAUCGAGAUCACAAAGCAGAUCGAUAAUGGCCUGCAGAGUACCAACAUCAGCAUUGAUCAUCUGAUCGAAGGCGAAAAGGUUUUCGAUGGACACACUGAGGUCCAAGAGGCUCUGGAGAUACUGAUUUCUAGAGCCAAUAGUUGGUUUUGA